CAAUGCAAGACUUAAAUGGAAGAAAGUAUUUAUUUUUACACAAAUUUCAAACGGCUUCCCUUAAAUCUCUAACAAAAAAGGGGCUAAAAAUGCAUCAAUCUCAGUAUUCGGUGCACAGAUUCUAAUGAAACAAUAUUUCCCUUAUAUUCCCGCAACACGGCGGGCAAAUUUUCAGUUUGCAGCUUGCUUUCUUGCUCAUAGCGCGAAGAUCAACGUUGAAAAUUUUGUGAUUGUGUGCUGUAUUCGUAGUGUAGUCAAGAAGAAGUCUACCAUCAAAAUGAAUAUUUAGCAUAUUAUACUUCGUCUUCGUAUUAUAAUGGCGAAUAUGGACCUUUAUUGUAAUAAUAAAAGGUGCAGAAAACGUUUAAUUGCCUCUGCUUGGAUAACAAGUUGUUCACACGCAUUUUGUGAUGAGGAUGCUGACCAGGCAUUUUUCAGCAUACAGGAAAACAUCAUAUGCCCUGCCUGCAACACGCACCUACCUGAGAAGCAUGAUAUUGUAAAAGUGGACUUAAAUCCGUCUGAAAAAUUUAAAUCUAUGGUUCUAGCAGGAUUGCGCCCAGAGAUUAUUAUGGAUGUAACAAACCGUGCCCUUACAUUUUGGCACUAUCAAAUGUACCAGGAGUUGCAAUAUCAGAAAGCUCUUAACAAGCGAUCCUGUGAUAAUUUAACCCAGGCUGAAGAAACUUACACUACCGAAAUUAUGAAACUGAAUGCCCUUCUGCAGAAAGAAAAAAGAAACACAGAAGCUUUAGAAAAAGAGGUGGAAAAUCAAGCACGUCAUAUGGGGGAACUACAGGACCAAGUUGUACAAAAGAAUCGUCACCUGCAGAAUCUUAUGGCUAUGAACAAUAAAUUGCGGUGCAACACAUCCACUUUGCAACCAGAUGACGGUUAUGAUGCAACUAAACCUAAAAGAAGACACUACUCCUUAGGGCUACAGACAUUGAGAGACUUAAGACCUUAUGAUGAAGUUCUUCCUCAGAACAGUAGUGGACAAGCACAAGAUUUUGUAUUUAAUCCAGUAACACCACCUACAAGACCUGAUGAAAGGAGACAUUUUGUAACUAAAAAGUGAGAUUCAUUCUUAGGAAGACAGACAUGUGUACAUAGGUUGAACAAAAUAAUGGAAACACUUCUGAUACUGUACAAAUUUUCUUUCUUAACAUGGUGUUGGACCACCUUUUGCCGUCAAUACGGCUAAAAUCCUUCUUGGAAUGUACUCCUACAAGUUUUGAACAGUCUCCAGCGGAAUUUUAUACCAUUCUUCUUGAUGAACAUCUUCAAGUUGCUUCAGAGAGGU